AUGUCUGCCGGCUGGCUAUAUCUGAAGCCUCCACUUGGUGAUCAGAAACAAGGUUCUGAGGAUUCUUCUAAGGCGAACACCGACCAACAAAACAGCAACAGCUCGAAAUCCUCAUCAGUGAGCACCAAAACUCUCCAACCCAAGAAAAAAGACAAUGGCGGAAGAGGCAAUGACUUCAGCAUCGUUGGGAAUAAUAUUACGGGGAAAAAAUCGGGAGAGAGUAGGAAUUUUGGAGUUUCGCAACACCCACUGUUAAUGUGCAAAAUGGUAAACUGA